AUGGAGAAGGAGAAAAUUGCGUUACAGAAUAGCCGUGACAGGUUGAACAUAGAAUUGGAGGAGAUGACCAACAGAGAGACAUCACUAUCAAAUAAAAUAAGGACACUUGAAAAUGAUAACAUUGUGUUGGAGGGGAAAGUUGUGCAAUUAGAAUAUGCUGACUCUGCAGCACAAGAUCGUAUAAAAGACCUAGAAAGGCGCAACACUGAUUUAGAGAAUAGGAACGAGAGUGCUUUGAUGAAGGUUCACCAACUUGAGGAGACAAAGGCAAACUUGAAAUUUGAGGUUUCAGACUUGCAAAUUCAACUCCAAGAAUUUCAGCAAGAGGUGGAGAAGGCAGGAGAUGUUGAAAGUUCCUUGAAGAAACAAAUUGUUGCUCUACAGACGACAUCCAGAAACAUGCAGGAUUCUCUCUCUGACACCAGUGCCCGAGAGAUGGAACUGCUGAACAAACUGCAGGAACAUGAACAGCAUGAGGCUGUACUGAAAGAAAAGAUUGUAGCUCUGGAGUCCAGUGAACUGAAACUUAAAUAUAAGAUCCAGGAAUUAGGUGCUACAGUGUCCACAGCAGAAAAUAGGGUCACCACUGCUAAGAACCUAGAGGAGGAGAACCAUUUGUUACACAGGCAAAUAGACGACCAGCAGAGGAAAGUGAGAAACUUGGACCAAGAAAUACAGACAUUAAAUGAAAAAUUGGUGGCCUAUGAGAACCCAGGGAAGUCUAAUGGGUUUGUCAGGGUUCUGGCCAAAGAGCUGUCAGAGCUGAGAGCACAGAAAGCCUGGGUGGAGGAGGCAGAGAAGACUGUAACAAGGCUUGAGAAGUCCGAGGCAAGGUUGAAGGAGACUGUACAGCAGCUGAGGGAAGGAAAGGAUGUGUGUGGCCAUGAGGGAGAACUGAAGGACCUCAAGGAUGAAGUGAACAGGUUGAAAGCUUUAGAAAAGGAGACCAGUUCAUUGCACAGAGUUUUGUUAGCUAAUCGCAAGGCUUAUGACAUGCUCCAGGAUAAUUACAGCAAACUGAGAGAAAAUUUCACAAUAUUAUAUCAAGGUGUCAAGUCAGGAGAUGUUAAACUGGAAAAUAUAACAUUACCACCAGACAUCAAAUCACCAGAUAGUAACUUAACUCCAAGAAGUCAAGCCAUCGUGGACUUUGUAGACCAGCUUCCAUUAGAAGACAUCCCCCUGUUGUCUGCAGUGGCUCCAUCUAUGAGCUCUCCAGCAGGACCAGGAGUCAUUGAAGAAAUGGAGUGGAAACAAAUUGAAAAUACAAACAAGUCUUCCACCUCUAAACUGGCUGAACUUAGUGACCUGUGGGGCCAUAUUGAGAAGACCACAGCAGUGAGCUCUGCACCCAGUGAAAGUGGCCCAGCCCCUGCAGUGCCUUCCAGUAAACCUCCAACAAUACCAGGGAAAGCAACACAUGCUGAUGGAAGUGUUAUUGAGGAUUCAUUUUAUCUUCCAAGUACUCAGGUCCCAGAGGGAGAUGUUGACAGUGCAGAUGAAGCUCCCAGUUUGGCUGAGGACAUUCCACUGUCAGGACGAGCACCGCCACCUUUACCCAAGUCCAAACCUCCCUCACCACCCACCUCUGGUGUGACUGGUUCUGUGUCUACACCAGCCACACCACCUAAAGGUUACAGACCACCAGUACCUCCGAAACCUCCCACUCCCUCCUGGCUGAAGCGUAGGUCCCACAUAGACCAGCUGAACCCUGACGUGAUCCUCCUGGAGAGAGUCCAUGCCAAGGAGAUCAAAGACUGGGAGACUAGAGUGGAGGGGUUGGAGAAGAAACUGAAGAACAAAGAGAGUGAACUGAGUCUGUUCAAGGAUAGUUUGCCUGCGUCUGGUGCCAAAGGUUCUAGUGAUCUGGCCAUGUGGAAAGCCAAGUUGAGAGACAGGGAGAGACAGCUUGAAGUCAAAGAGAAAAUUGUAAAAGACCAGAGGGAUCAGAUCUUGAAACUGGAAAAAGAACUUGCGGAAAAGAGAAGAGAACUGACCUUUGCCCAAGAAGAAAUUUCUCGCCUGGACAGACUUGUUCGCUCAAAGAACCUAGUUGGUCCAGACAGCCCCCUGCCUAGUCUCCACAGGAUGCAGAGAGAGCGGCUAGCAAACACAGGAAGAACGUCAGAGAAGAACAUGCUGGACUGGCUGGAGACAAGCAGGGAGGAACACCAACUCAAGAAAGAGCUGCAGAACAAAGAACAGGAGCUUUUCUCAAAGAAUAUUGAAAUAGACCAACUGAAUAAGAAACUCAAAGACAAACAAGAAAAGGUUGAGCGUCUCGAGGCUGAGUUGAAACAGCACAAGACACCAGAAAAGUCUGGUAUGAAGUCUCGGGAAGCCUCACCUCCAGAGGGGUCAUUGUCUGCUAAGAUUAGUCCCAGUAGAACAGAAGAAGAUGGGCAGAGUGUCACUGGACAAGCUCAGUUAGAAGCAGAACAAAAAGAACUGAGAAUACGACUCAAUAACACUUUAGAGGAGUUAAGAGAUAAGAAAGAAGAGCUAUCCAAAGCCAGCAAUACCAUGACACCGUUGAGAGCCAAAGUUACAAGAUUGGCCAAAAAAUGCAAGCAGAAGGACAACCUUCUGCAUCGAGCUGCUAAAGACAUGAGUAAUUGUGGAAUGCAUGGCCGCCUUGUUUCCAAGAUAGAGCAUGAGCUGGAAACUUCAAGUAAUGGCAGUGAUAGACGUUCUUCAGAGAAGUUUUCAAGCUGCAGCUCCAGUCCACCAAAAAAGGCAAAAAAGUCCAACACCAAGAAUGACAGCCAUGACCACCAGACAACAGAUGACCAGACUGAGAUGGACAGUAUGGUGUGGUCACUGGAUGACCAUUCUGACCACUCGGGAGAAACAUCAGUGGCCACAGCUAGUGACUUUGAUGACCUACCUUACACCACGAGAGUGAAAUCAAAGCACGGCCAGCUGAAUAAUGAAAGAAUAAAGCGACAUCCAACAGAACCACGCCAGAGGACAUCAGAGAAAAAGAGAAAAUCGAAACAUAGCAAGCAAAAGCCACAUGGAGGUGAAGACACAGAUUUGUUUAGAGCAGUUUCUGACUACAGACCUGAACUUUUUUCACAAAGCAGGCAUCCAAAUUUGGAAUUACCACUUAAAGAAGGGGAGCUAGUGCAGGUGCUAGGCCCACCAGACCAGGAUGGUUAUUAUGAGACAAGGCUUGGAGGGCGUGUUGGGCUGGUCCCUGCCUCCUAUCUCCAGCCAGUCUAUACAGAGAGAACUGUGGAUGACAGCAGGAGAGAGAGAAGCAGGCCAGGGGAACUGGCAUUGCCUUCUCACCUUGACACAAGUCCGGAGCAGAUCCUGGGGAUGCACAGUGCCUUAGAACAAGCCUUCCACCCAGGACCUUACCCCAUUGGCCACGGGUUUGAGACAGGAGACAACAUGGUGGAGCAGCAACUGCCAGUCAACCUGGCUCUGUCACUGAGCCAAAGCUUACAGUUGCCUCCCCCUUCCAUCAUGAACCAGAACUUGUCUCCUUUCAACCAGUUACAACCACAACAACAGCAGACUACCAAUGGGCAGCCAUCUUUGGGGAAUUAUUUGCAAGCAGUGCCAUCAAAUGAUUUACUUUCUCCAAAUGGUGCAAGCCUGAGAAAUGGACAAGGCCCUGUGGAUCAGCAGCAGGCUUACAGUGCUCUUCCUGGUUCAAACUUUCCAUCGAAUUCAAACAACACUGAUAGAAGAUCUAAUAACUCUUACCACCCAACCAAUAGAUCUAGAGUCGGCCAGAGGACUGCAGGUAAUCCUGAUCCUCCCAGUCAGUUCUCUAUGGAGCAAAUCCUCAGUGACCUCAGUGUUCUGCUGAGCUGGCAGCCUCCUGAGAUGGAUGAGUUUGGAAGAAACAAUGACUCCAUAGUCAAAGGAUACAAGAUUCUUGUCAAUGGUCGUGAGGCAGAGGUGGUCAGGAGUCCACAUCAGUGCAAGGUGCUUAUAGAGAACCAGAACUUGCGUCGACCAGUGCAGUUCAGCAUACAAACUCUGGCAGAGAAUGGACGCAUGUCUGCCACCACUGAUCUCAUGCUUGGGGAGUUUCCUCGUGCAGCAUCUCGUAAUAGUAUGCCGCCACACUCAGCCACUGAGGAGGAUGGAGACGUAGAUGAUGACGAUGAUGUAGCCUCGUUUGUGUCUAAUGAUGAUCAUUAUAGGAAAGGAGAGAGAAGAAUUUUUGUAGCUGUAUAUGACUACAUACCUUCUCGGCAGUCCCCAAACAAAGUCUCUGCAUAUGAAUUGGUCAUUAAGGCAGGGGAUGUUAUUACAACAUUUGGUCUCCAAAGAGCCGAUGGUUUCUUCUUUGCUGAGGUAAAUGGCAGGAGAGGUUUAGUACCUGCAAGCUUCAUUGAGGAAUUUAGCGCAAUUCAAAAAUCAAAUUCUAAUUUGGUCAGCAGGAAAGCUGGUAAAUUGUCCAGUCACAAAAACAGUGAGCAUUCUUCUUCUGAGCAGAGUAACGUGUCUACAGGAAGUAGGUCUAAGGGACAACCAAAGAGGAUGGAGAAAUACAAGGAUACACGGUUGUAGAGUGUAUCCUUGUAUUAAAAAUGAUAUCAGACAAGAGAGGUGCAAAACUGAGACUAUAAAGACUAUGACAAAGCAUCAGGGAGUGAUUUGUCAGUUUCAAUGAGAUGUCUUGUACAUUCAUGGAUCAGUCAUUGAACUUCAUUUUCGCAGUGUUGAUUUAGCAGAAAAUAUGAUAUACAUAUAUACCUUAAUGAGACUACCUAGAUUUUGCUCAAAUUUGCACAAGGUGAAAUGUUCCCAAUGUCAGGUUGACAACACUUAAUGAAAUGAGAUGUGGAUUAUCCAUUCUCAUUUUUUAUAUAAUGGCAGAUCUUAUUUUUAAAAAAAUGCCUUUUGAGAUUGGAGAUCAAAACACAGGGUUAGAUUAUGAGAGAUUAUGGUAAAUUGUUUUUGAGAUUGGAUGCCAAGGAUAAGGGCUCAUACAAUGUAUCAUAUUGACAAUUGGUCAGUUAUUUGGGGAGCAAGAAUUCAGGGUCAAUCAAUUUUAUUUACCAAGGAUGAAGGGUUAACCCAAAUUGGUGCUGAAAAUUAGGUAUUAAUGUUGUCUUCAGCUCUAUUGCAUAUCUCUUUGUUGUAUAUAGAAUUAGGAUUUGUAAUCUAGGAUUGAUGCUCUAGGCAGUUAUUUAUUAUCUAGUGUUAUAUAUUUUUUACUUCAUGUGUAAAUUUAUGUUGAUAUUUAUAUGCAAAGCAAGCAUUUCUGGCCAGAUUUGAUGGCAAACGGUUUUGUCUCAUAAAUUACAAGUUUUAAGUGAGCCAAGAACACACUAUUUAUUUAUCAUGUUAUGGUUUAAUAUACUGAUAUCAGAUUUUUAUUGUUACUUUGUAUAAAGCCUUUUACUAGCUCUUCUUACAUGGAAGGUUUAUCUGCACACUAUAAAAGUUGUCACAAUCAAGAUCUAAAUCGAACUUUUGCUAAGAUAUGUUCAUAUAUUUGUAGGGUAGCUUUAUCUGCAUUGACACCCUCUAGCAUGUUCCCAUCCGUCCUAUCAUUCUUACGAAUUUUUUUAAAUACCAUUUUUACAAUCAACACUGCCAUUAUUUUCAUACAUUUCCUCCAUAAGCUACCAUUGUGUUACCAUACAUGUUAUGGUUCAGGAUUUAUUUCUAGGCUCACCCAGUUGGGAUCUAUGAGUUGUGAGAAUAUUUAUAUUUUUUAUUACCUUUGGUUAUUUUUCAAAGUUAUUGACAUUGCAUAAACAAUAAAGUCAAGCUAUGUUGCUUUUUAACCAA